CGGAGAGCGAGAGACGGGCCAGAGGAAAAUGGCGGACGGUGUGGAUCACAUCGACAUCUACGCCGACGUAGAGGAGGAAUUCAACCAGGAAGCUGACUAUCCAGUUCACGAGCAGAUAGACCUGUAUGAUGAUGUAAUAUCCCCAUCAGCCAAUAAUGGUGAUGCCCCAGAAGACCGUGACUACCUGGACACGCUGCCUGCACCAGGUGGCACAGAGGGAGGGAAGAGUGCCCCGCCCAAUGUGGUGUACACCUACACAGGAAAAAGGAUCGCCCUAUAUAUAGGAAACCUCACAUGGUGGACAACAGAUGAGGACCUGACAGAAGCCAUCCGAUCGAUUGGCAUCACAGAUGUGCUGGAGAUCAAGUUCUUUGAAAACAGAGCAAACGGGCAGUCCAAAGGGUUUGCCCUGGUGUGUGUGGGCUCAGAAGCAUCAUCCAGGAAGUUAAUGGAACUCCUAUCAAAGAGGGAGCUCCACGGUCAGAAUCCUAUUGUCACGCCAUGCAACAAACAGUCCCUCAGCCAGUUUGAGAUGCAGUCACGCAAAAGUACCCAGUCAGGUCAGAUGUCUGGGGAAGGUAAAGCCGGUCCCCCUGGAGCAGGCCCCCGUGGAGGUUUCCCCAUGGGUCGAGGCAGAGGAAGGUUCCCUGGACCACCUGGCCCUGGAGGAGACCGCUUCCCUGGUCCUGUUGGGCCUGGAGGACCUCCACCACACUUCCCUGGCUCGGGGAUGAGACCAGAUCUGAUUAGGCACCAAGAUGGCCCUCUGAUGGAUAUGAGUUUCAAUCCCUUCCCGCCGGGGGGCAGGAACGGGAGCUGGCGUGGCAGAGGUGGGAUGCAGGGUCCCCCACGUCCCCCUCCUGGUCCACCUGGUCCCCCUGGCCCUCCAGGACCUCCACCUCCUGGACAGGGUCUCCCCCCUCCCCUCGCUGGCCCUCCAAAUCGUGGUGACAGACCUCCUCCCCCUGUUCUCUUCCCUGGUCAGUUUGGCCAGCCACCAAUGGGACCCCUACCUCCAGGCCCCCCUCCUCCAGGUUACGGCCCUCCCCCCGGUCCCCCACCCCCUCAGCAGGGUCCACCACCUCCAGGACCCUUCCCUCCUCGGCCCCCAGGUCCCAUUGGACCCCCCAUGGCUUUGGCUCCACCUCCACACAUGCCAGGUCCCCCGCCGGGUGGACCGCCACCAGCCCCUCAUGUCAACCCUGCAUUCUUCCCCCCACCGGGCAACAACAGCAUGCCGCCCAACGACAGCCGAGGGCCCCCAGGACCAAACGACCCAUAUGGACGCCCACCACCUUAUGAGAGAGGAGACUACGGUCCUGGAGGCCGGGAGAUGGAGGCAUCACGGACCCCGUUGAGUGAGGCAGAGUUUGAAGAGAUCAUGAACAGAAACAGAGCCAUCUCCUCCAGUGCCAUAUCUAGGGCUGUGUCUGACGCUAGUGCAGCUGACUAUGGCAGUGCUAUAGAGACCUUGGUGACUGCCAUCAGUCUGAUUAAGCAGUCCAAAGUGUCAGCAGACGACCGCUGUAAGGUCCUCAUCAGUUCCCUGCAGGACUGUCUUCACGGCAUUGAGUCAAAAAGCUACGGCUCUGCCUCCAGGCGAGAGCGCUCCAGAGAACGUGACCACAGUCGCUCCAGAGAAAAGAGCCGACGCCACAAGUCCCGCAGUCGCGACAGGCACGAAGACUAUUACCGAGAGCGCAGCCGGGAGCGUGACCGCCAUCGCGAGAGGGACCGGGACAGAGACAGGGAAAGAGAGAGGGAGAGGGAGUACCGACACCGCUAGACAAGAAGGGAGGUAGGUGUAAGCUCACGUGGAUCAAGGAUGGAUGGAAGGAAAAGGAGGAACGCUUUCAGUGCACCACCACCACCACCACCACCUCCUCCCCACCCUGCAUGACCGGACAGGAUUACAACCGCCACCUCUCCUCCACCCCUCCAUCUCUCUUCUCCUCUCCUUCUCCACCCAUCCUUUUCUCUGUCUGUUCAUCUUGUCUGCCUGACUAAGAGCAGUGGAUGGAAGACCCAGACCUGUGUAAGGCUAUGUUAUCCAAACACCUGUACUCAUGGUAACUAAAGAUGAAAGAAAAGAAACUUUCCAAACAGCUCUUUUAUUUUUAUGAUGUUUUAUUUGACAUGAAGAUGAGUAUGUGUGAUGCUUUUUGCAAAGAAACAAUAAAAUGGCCUGCACAACCCCCCCAAAUAGAAGACACAAACAUUACAUCCUAUUUGUUUUUUAUUUUCCUUUGCCCGCCGUACUGUGUACAUUCAGUUUAGAGAUCCGUUUUUAUAGGGUACAUGUUUGAUGUUUUCUCCCCACCUCUCCUGCUCAUUCUCAUAUAUUCUUUUCAUGGUUAGUAUGUUUGUAAAUGUCUCUGCUUUUGAUUAAAAACUAGAUGGUGUUGUAAUAAAAAAUGUUUACUGAGGUACAUUUGGCAUUUGGUGAAUUCCUCUACAUGUUUGGCUCAUUUAUAUUAAAUGUACAUUUUGGAGUGCUAAAAUGUUUUUCAUAUUGAAUUUGUCUACUCUUAGAUCAUACUUUUUAGCUGUCUACGUGAGUGGUUUUAUUCCUUUUUUAUUUUGCUUUGGGUUUGUUUUUUUUCUUCUUCAAACGGACACAUUUUACCAGGUAAGAGAAAUUAAAGAAUGCACUAUUUUGCAAUGUGCUCUGAUUGAUGGAUGGGAUUAAACAAUAUAUAGACCAUGAACAUUUGGAGGUCUAUAUGUUCUUGCACCUUUUUGGACGAUUUCAGAUAAACCAGUAAAAAACACAUAAUGUUCACAAAGUGGUGUCUGAUGUUUGAUGUAUGUGUAAUCACAGUGAAUAGCCAUCACAAUAUUUCUAAACCAAAUUGUCUUUGAGGUCUGUUGUGUUUUGUUAAUGUGAAUUGCAUUCAUUCUUACACUUAAUUCAUAUUCAUUUAAGCAGCCAUUGUAGUUACAUCUUAGAUGGAAUUCAAUUAAUUGAAAAAUUUCCAUUUCAAGUGAAUAUUACUUUUUUGCUCUUAUGUUUCACACGUAAAAUGUUUUUGUUGAUUUUUAACAUCCAAACACAACAAAAGGAGCAAAGUCAGUACAGCUGAUAGUUCCAAUGCAAUUUGUUAAAGGUACUGCAACACUGACUUUGUCAUAUUAUCCAGUGCAACACAUCUUUUAUUCAACCACCCAUCAUAUUCAUGUCUUGCAUUUUUGUUGAAAUAGGCUGUGAUUGUAAACACUUUGUGAUAACAAGCUUUUAGAUUGUAAUGUUGAAUAUAAUGGGUUUGGCAAAUAAGCACUGAGUUACAUGUAUGUUUUUUGUUUUUUUGUUUUUUUUUACUGUCUCAGAUCAAAACUUCAGUUAUAAAAAAAAAUAUUAGACUUAGCUGUCCUAACAUAUAUCUGAUCUUGAACCAUAAGCCCAGACAAGUUUUUGAAAUUGAGUAAAUAAAAAUGUAAAAAUUCUGUGAAGUUUUGCAGGAAAAGUGUUUUACCAGGGGUGCCAUAUUGCUGUUCGUUUCAUUUGUUCUUCAAAACAAUGGAAUAUGGACAAAUUAACUAACACCAAUACUAAUAAGACAGCAAACAAACUUUUGUUAACACUCUACUGUUCAAAAUGAAAAAUCCUAUUUUGCGUUUGUUUUUUUUUUUGUUUUGUUUUUUUUUUGUUUUACUUGUGAAGGUGAAUGUUUUAUAUCCAUCAUGUCGGUUCAAAUUUCCAUGACCAUCCCCUAAAAUACUCUCCACAGGUAUUUGAUGUAAAAAUUGUGGACCCUAAACUCCAACUAGAGGAAUCCCUGACCUUUGAUAAAUGAAAAAAUGUUAAUCAGAUUGUAGCAAAAUCCAAACAUUUUUUUAAAACCAUCAUGAUUUCCUUGGAAUGUAUUUUUCUAAUGGUAUACUUUUAAGAGUGUUUUAUAUACACAAGGGUUAUUGAUAUGAAGAACAAUGUGGAAAAAGUGGGGCAUGAAAGAGAAUGCCAUUUCUCUUGAUUCCUUAAAAAUGUUAAUGCAGUUAAAAACCCCUACACACCCCUGCUUUUUAAUUACUUUGGGUUGUGUGUGUGUGUGUACACAGAUAAUGCUUCUGUCCGCAGCACUGAAGGUAAGUGUUUUCAGGUCUACAUGUACUGCAGAAGAAGAAACAGUCCAAUCCAGACAAUGUCUAGCCAAUUCUGCUGCAGCAAGCCAGACCAACAUUUUUACAUCAUGCAAGAUGUUGGAAAGUAUCUUUUUUGUGUUUGAUUUGUUUCUUUCAGUAUUUCACUUGAAUAGUAUAAUGUAAGAUUUUCUCGUUAUUCAUUAAUUGAUCUUCACCUACUUGUUCAUUGUUUGGAAUAGACUAAACAAGUCGAGUGUGACCACAAACUAAAACUAACUAAGGUGUAAGGUGGUGAAAACUCUAUCAAUGAUUGGUCAUUUGCAAUUCAGUUUUUUUCUGGCUGCAAAUGUAAUAAUUGAUCAGCAUAGUUAAUGCAGACUUGCCCAAUCAAAAGCAGGACUACUACUCAGCAGUUUUACAACAGUUGAAUGAAUGCACUCGGUGUCUAUGAUGAGUUGAGCUUGGUUUUACAUAUUGAUUGAGUUAAUUCUAGUUUAUUUUCGCUGUGGGGUUGUUACCCUUUGUAACUGCCAGUAAUAUCUAGUUCUGAUUACACUUUUACACAUGUCCUGUCAGGGAGAGGC